AUAUGUUGUCAGAACAACCCAAACGUUCCCUCGGCUGGAUCUUACUUACUGAACCUAAACCAAAUUGGAUUAAAAGGAAGAUUGAAAACGAAGAGUUUGAGAUAAAACUAAUUUUGCCUGAAGUAUCAAGAAUAAAAAUAUAUGAAGAGCUUGUUAAAGAGAUUAAAGCACUUCAGAUUAAAGCACUUCAUUCUAUAAAUAAGAUGCUAAAUAACAUUGGCAUAUCAUG